AUAACGGGAACCGAGAAGGGGGACAGGAGCAAAACGCGUCAGUCUGACAGACAUAGACGGGGUGCUAUUGUAUAACACGGGCCUUCUUCGGUCUUUUCACUCCAGGCUUGCAGGAGGAGCGGCUGCUUUCUAUUGUGCUUUUGCCUCUUUUCGUUUUUCUCUCACCGCGGAGGCAGAGACGGAGCGCGGCAGCGGGGCUCGGUGUUGCAUCGGCCGCUGGCGGAGGACCUGCACAUGUCGGCGCGGUGAGGGAGCGCUUGUUUCCCCGCCCUGAUACGGUUGGAGGACGGCAGGAGGUGGAGGUUGUGUGGAGGGGUACAAACCGCGACGAGAACAACAUUACCCACAUCCGAGAGAAAAUAAAUAAAUAAAUAAAAACAAGCAGGUGCGGCCGUUUGAACGGUCGAAAAAGGAUCCGUUAAAAACGAGCGAGAAGGACAACAGUGAUGCGGCAGCCGAGGUGGGCCCAGAUUGAUGAUUUUAUGAUAUCAUCAUCCACCGCCAGGACCGAUCACUGAUUUUAUUGAUAAGGAGCAUCAUCGAGGAGAAUAAGCUAUAAACUGACCUGGGGUCCGUUUGUUUGUUUUUGAGCUGGAUAAACAGGAGGAGGUUAAUCGGUGCUUGAUUACAGUGAUUUCUUUACAUAAGGAGCUUUGUGAUCAAUUAUAGAAAUAAAUAUCCAAAUUUAGGCCGAUGACUUAGUCUGUGUGUGACGCCAAUACAGCAGCAGAGAGGCGUGUGUGUAUGUGUGAGGAGACGCGCCUGUCUGAGCAUCAUCUGGUAGCUGCACAGGCUACUCCUCCACUGGGAUGAUACACAUGCCAUUUUUCAUCUGUGCGUGAAAAACUGAAGAAUCAGGGAUGCUGCUGAUGCUGCUGCCAUUUCCUGUCCGGCUCUGAUAGAGACAGCGAGGCGCACAGCACGGGACUGGACAUCCAGAAAAUAUCUCUCCUCACCUCUCCUCCGCCUCUGCACCUUCUCCCCCCUUUAUCUCUCCCCCCCUCUCCUCCUCCUCCCUCCUCUUCCUCCACCUCCCCGGAGCGUCUAUUCAUUCUGAUCAAUUGAUAAUCCAUCUGUGAUUCAGAAAGCCACCCACUCCUCCAUCCUUACCUCCAUCCUCUCCUCCAUUCACCCAUACAGUCUCUUUACGCACUCACACGCGCAAAGCACGCACGCAACAACACCACCACCGCAUCACCACCACCACCACCGCCAUCUACAGCCAUCAUGGAGACGACCAAGCUGCCUCCGUCCAGCCCGUCUUCGCCGACCACCAGCUUCUCGGUGCCGUCCGCGGAGAAGGUGGACGGCUUCCCGCGGAGGUCGAUGCGCAGAGCCCGGCAGAGGAGGUCCCACAGCUCGUCCCAGUUCCGCUACCAGAGCUCCCAGGUGGAGCUCACCCCACUGCCCCUGCUCAAAGACGCCCCGGUGGCAGAGUUACAUGACCUGUUCUGUAAGAAGCUGCAGCAGUGCUGCGUGCUGUUUGAUUUCCUGGACUGCGUGGCCGACCUGAAGGGGAAGGAGAUCAAACGUGCGGCGCUCAAUGAGCUGGUGGAGAGCGUGGCCACUAGCAGAGGAGUCCUCAUAGAGCCUCUGUACCCAGAGGCUAUAAAGAUGAUCUCGGUAAAUAUCUUCCGGACUCUUCCACCCAGCGAGAAUCCAGAGUUCGAUCCUGAGGAAGAUGAGCCAACACUCGAAGCCUCCUGGCCGCAUCUGCAGCUGGUGUACGAGUUCUUUCUGCGUUUCCUGGAGAGCCCGGACUUCCAGCCCUCCAUGGCCAAACGCUAUGUCGACCAGAAGUUUGUCCUGCAGCUCCUGGAGCUGUUUGACAGUGAGGACCCCAGGGAGAGGGAGUACCUAAAGACCAUCCUGCACCGUGUCUAUGGAAAACUACUGGGCCUCCGAGCCUACAUCCGCAAACAGAUCAACAACAUCUUCCUCAGGUUCAUAUAUGAAACUGAGCACUUCAAUGGAGUCGCGGAGCUUCUGGAAAUCCUCGGCAGCAUCAUAAAUGGCUUUGCCCUGCCCCUGAAGGCCGAACACAAGCAGUUCCUGGUUCGGGUCCUCAUCCCGCUACACACGGCAAAGUCCCUUUCCAUCUUCCACGCACAGCUGGCCUACUGUGUGGUGCAGUUUAUGGAGAAAGAUGCUACAGUGACUGAAUAUAUCAUCAGAGGGCUGCUCAAAUACUGGCCAAAAACCUGCACGCAGAAAGAGGUGAUGUUUCUGGGGGAGAUUGAGGAGAUCCUGGAUGUGAUCGAGCCGUCUCAGUUCAUCCGGGUCCAGGAGCCGCUCUUCAAACAGAUCGCAGCCUGUAUCUCCAGCCCUCACUUCCAGGUAGCGGAGCGGGCUCUUUACUUCUGGAACAACGAAUACAUCCUCAGUCUGAUAGAGGAGAACUGUCAAGUCAUCCUGCCGCUGGUAUUCGCCACCCUCUACAGAGUCUCCAAGGAGCACUGGAACCAGACCAUUGUGUCUCUGAUCUACAACGUGCUGAAGACCUUCAUGGAGAUGAACAGCAAGUUGUUUGAUGACCUCACUGCCUCCUACAAAGUGGAGAAACAGAAGGAGCUGAAGCGAGAGAGGGAGCGUGCAGACCUCUGGCGAGGCCUGGAGGAGCACCAGGAGCGCCGGAUGCAGAUGCUCACCGAGGCGGCCAGAAACCAGCGCAACCUCCAGGAGCGAGGCGAGAGAGGGGACCCACCGACCCCUUCGUCCCCGCAGACGGCUCACUCCGACCAGCCCGAGCCCAAGCCCAGCGGGGCCUCCUCUUCCUCCUCUGGAGCCGGGGAGAGCGCCACCUAGGUGCUGCUCCACACAGAUUGGAUAGCACGGGGGGUUAGGGGACAGGGAGAAGACAUGAGGCUGAUGGUGAAAGUGUUGGGAGAGAAAAGGUACAAAACAAAUCCACUGUUCUUUUUAUCUUGUAUCAUCGAGGGCGUGGCUUUUUUUUAAAAAGCGCACAAACUCAGUGAUCUGAGGUAAAGACUGCACCUUUUUUUCUGACAGAGUUGUGUGAAACUGGUUCACUUUUUGCUGUACACACAUUAUGUUGCAGAUCAGAAGAUGAAUAUUGUCCAAAAGUGCAGACUGUCAUUUUAACUAGUGGCUGGUUUAUAAACUGCAGGUCAGUAUCCAAAACUGGUAGCUGGCCUGCUUCAAAUCAGCCUCAAAAUAAGAGAUGAAACUUCUCUUUUGGUGCAACACUAACAAAGUUUAACACGUGUCUAACUCGUCUUGAUAUUUAACCAACCGAGUUUGAGUCUGUACUGUGGCCUUGUAUUUAUCUUUUGGUCAGAGAUGCUUAUUUCUUGCGUGGAUAGCACAAUACAUUAAUAAACAAAAGAAGCAAUUUCACACAAAUGUCCCAAAACUAUUGACGCACAGACCAGACACACAAACCGUUACACACACACAGACACACCGACGCAGGUACAUAUUUACUGUAAAUAUGAGUAGACAGAGCUACAGAGUGAAAGUGUAUCCAGGUCAAACGAAGCUCACACACCAACACUCGAUAGACGCACCAAAAUAUUUCAAACUUUUUUUUUUUUUAAAUAAUUUACAUAGACACACACUCACAUACGUACAGACUCACACACUCACACACACCGCUGGUUCUGGCGCUAACUCUCCCAUUCUGUCGGGUUCCACCAAAGGACGAGCCUAAAGUCCCUCAAGGUUAAAUAACCACUGUUGAAGAUGACGAUAAUGAUAUAAAGUACAAUACUGUUCCUUCUUCUUACUUGUUACUCUACUACUACUACUCUACUCUACUCUAAGUACUACUGAUGAUGAUGAUGAUGAUGAUGAUAAUGUUUUUAUAUAUAUACAUAUGUCUCUGGAUAUUUCUGUAGUGUAUUAUGGGAGAAACACUAGUGUAGCAGAUACCAUAAAGGGGAAGGCCGGCUUGAAUUCUGGAUUCACAUCACAUGUUAACUGUAUGAGGCCAUAAUGUGAGUGCUGAAAUUCAGCGGAAUUCCCCUUUAACAGACCUUAAAGAGGGGAGGAAUGAACUGGAUUGGCUGUGGCUGUUUUUCUUUUAUUUUGAAAUUCUGGGGUGUUUGUGGUGCGUUGGGUGAAUUCUAAAGGGGUGUUGCGUAAAAAAAAAUAUCCCAAAACAUUCCAUGUUUAAAGAUUUAUUUAUUUAUUUGUUUGUUAAAGGUGCCCUUUGGAGAUUUUUGCAAACAAAAUUAUGUUUACAUUCAGUGUUACACACCAAAACACAUUUUGUGUAUGUCUUGAAUGCAUUCCCUUCAUCAUAAGACAUAUGUAAAGUUGAUUUUUUAAAUUAUUUUAACUCUUGCAUUGUUUACAUAAAUGUUUACUUGCUCGCAAUUCUCUUCUUCCCUGCCUUUGUUGGCAUAUUGAAAAGUUUCUUUGCACCUUACCGCCAUCAGUUUCAAAUCAGUGGAAUAACAUAAAAACAGUCAAGUGCAUCGCCCAUGUGCCCAUGUGCCCAUGUGCCCAUGUGCAUACAUGUGAAACCUUUAGCGCAAUACAAACAUAAUGGGGACCUGCUCAUAAAAACAUUGCUCUAUAGCACUACUAGUGGUCAAAAAUGCCACAGGGCACCUUUAAUUUUAAAGAAGUGACGACUUUUGGGUGAAAAGUUUUACAAAGUCAUUCAUUUUUCCUAGGUUACAUUGUGCAAAGUUGAAGUUUAGAACCCCCCAAUUUCUUACCAAAAAUGUAUCCAAGCAGACGAGUAAACCCCACCCAGCCCAGAGGUUACUGGAGGACAAAUAAAGCGCACCACAAGUGUUUCAGACCAAAAGAAAAACACAUUAAUCCAGUUGGAUUUCUGAACCCGGAGCGUCUGUUCCUUUAGGCUCAGCAGACCUGAUGCUGCUAGAUGGCGACCAUGACGAUGAUAACUUUUUUUCGGUGUGAACCAAGAAAAAUCUGUUUAUUCUUGUCUGAUCAUUAUGAUAGAGUGACGGGAUAAAGAGUGGGGGGGUGGGAUAAAACAGAAAAAAAUUAUUUUAGCAAUAUUUUCAUUCUUUCAGGAUAAUCUGUGUGUUUUAAGGGGGUUAAACAGGAAGUGGGUGUCACACUCAAAUGUUUACCCCCCACUCUUGUUUUUACUCCUGUUGCGUCCUUGAUAUUCACAUUGUCUUAAAGGUACUUUCUGUGUAAAAUUAUUUGAUGAAAAAUGAUUUUGCUUUGUAAUUAUGUUGUUUUUUUUCUUGGUUUUUGUAUGAUCUUGUUCAUUUUGUGGAAAACUGAUACUGAUGCUAUUUAUUUUCUAUUUGAUCAGGAAAUGUAACCUUAUUUGAAGAUGGUCAGGUUGUGUGUGUGUGUAUGUGUGUGCGUGUGUGUGUGUGUGUGCACGCAUCGGUGUGUAUCCAGUGAGUGAAUCAGUGAGCAGGAGAUGUGCGUAGACAGAGCGAUAGAGAACGAGAGAAAGCAGCUCUCUCUUUGUUUCUUUUUCUCUCUCUCUCCUUCUCUCCUUCCUGAGGGACAGGGUUUGAAUCCGAAUGUAUAGUGAAACAAAUCGAUUGAUUGUUUUUUUGACGCUUGAGACGCAGAGCUACCUGUCGGCUGCUUCGUAACCAAACAUUCAGAAACCCUUCAGACCAGCAGUUUUUCAAAACACUCACUUCAAAUCAUGCCUGAGUCAACAAGGUUUUGAAAUCCAUUUGACUUGCAGCCCUCAAAAUGGUAUUUCAAGUUUUAUUGAGCUGCUGAUGACUGAUUCACACCCAAUCUACCAUUGCUUCUCUGUACAAAAGAGGUUGUUGCUUUCAAACAUUGACACUGCAGCUUUGCAUUUCAUUUCAUUUGCAGAUGUUGCAUUCAACAUUCAGGGUAUAACUUCCAACACGUUUGUCAGUCAAACCAAAUAUUUUCAAAUUUGUGCAUAAAAGUUCGGUGCUGAGUUUGGAAACAGUAGUUGUAGUGACAUUAACAACGUCAAACUUUCUGCAGCUUGUCACAUGUCAUGGUCUUCAUCUGGGAUGGCAUUGCUCGGUUGUCCUGGAGAUGGCUCAGUAGUCAUUAUAUGACUGAAGUAUGGAACUUUUGUACCAGGUGUUUAGAGUCACCCUGGUGAGUAAGUGGGUCAAUUUUGAGCCGCAAACCCCCUUUAGUAUUGUUAGCACCCACCGUUAGCUCUGCAGUGUGGUGCUAAUAUAGUUUACAAUGCUAAAGGUGUUUUACGGCUCAAAAUGAAACCACUUAUUCACCGGGGCUACCUGGAGGCGGGGACUGGAGGGUGGCCACCAUGUUUUCAUACAUAAUGCCAAAUGAGUGAUGCUGUUAGCUUGUUCCCACCCAACCCAGGGCAUGCGCAGUGCAGAGCGGCCAAGGCUAGCUAACUGGAAGUCGGGCAGUGAGCACUAUGUUUCAGCAAGUUAACGUGAUUGGCCAUCUAUCUUGUCAGCAAAGUCAAUAGUAAAAAAUAGGGGGAAAGACAUUUACAUCACAAAACAUACAAUUUUACCACCCUUUAAAUCGAUAAUGCAUGAAAUGCAGCGCUAAAGCUCAGUGAGUUAACAGAACGCAUGAACUCAUUUUGCUUGAAAAUCAACCAGUUAGUUCCCGUGUAUUGAGUGUUGGGUAAGGGUUAGGGUUAGGGGCUAUUGAAAGCAAACUUAACCAAAACUGACAUCCCUAGUAAACUCCAUCUGCUGAUGAAGACUGUGAGAUAAGAUUGAAAGCUCCAGAAAACGCUAGAAAUUCGAACCUGAGUUACCAUCAUUACACGUGCUAGUGGUUCCCAACUAUUUGGCUUGUGACCCCUUAGAGCAAACAACGUCCCCCUGACCUUCAUAAGGACAUGAGUUGCAAGCAGUUCAACCAAAGAGUGUUUUCCCUCCUUAAAUAGUUUUGAAUGUACGUUUUUUUUUAGAGGCCUCAAGAGGUAAAAGUUUCCAGUAUUUCUCAAGAAAAGAGAAAAAAUUUAAAAAUUAAUAAAGAAAUAAUGUGUGUGUUACAAUUAGGUGCUCAACCUCAAAAAUACAAAUCAGAAGAAAUACGAAAGAGCAAGAGGAAAAUCUGAAAAAUUAUAUACUUUUAUGUAUAUAAAAAUGUCUUAUUUUGUUUUCCCGUUCUUCUAAUUAACUUGUGACCCUUCUGAUUUAUCUCAGGACCCCUGAAGGGGCCCCAACCCUUAGGGUGGAAACCACUGACAUGUGCCUCUCUUCUCUCUUCACACAAUGGGAGUGUUGAAGAAAAGUGCACAAAUUUGCAUGAACGAUGCUCCAUGGCAGCCACAGAUAAUGCAAUGAUGGAUUAGGUGUAAUAGCAGCCUCAUACCAGAAAACACCUCAAAACCUGCACCUGCAAACACCAUCUGGCUGGCAUGCUGAAGAGAAAAAAAUCCAUUUGGUUGGAUUUCGAACGUUUUGAUUCAGGCACUCAAAAAACACAACUGAAAAGAGACAAAACUUGACCUCGCUGUCAUAAAACUCAGCUUACUUUCUGAUUUUUGUUUUGGCUCGCUUACACACAAACCCUCUUGAUUGUUAUUGUCAGUCAGUCAGCUGACUCGGGAAAAACAGAACCCCAGCUCCCACUGUUCUCGAAUUCUCACUUUUAUUGAUUAAUAGUAAUAUUCCUCGAUCUAGAAUUCUGUCGUACGUUCUAGAACUGCUCCAGAACAGGAAGCGAGAGAAGAGAGAGUGUUCGUAGAGAGAUUGGGUAUCGCCUCACAGACAGCCAUCGAACGCUGGUUUCAUUCACUGUCACAUUUCCUCUCUGUGGCCAUUUUCAUGUGGCCAAGUGUAAACGUAUGCUUUAAAUCAGAGGGGUGGUGUGAAUGGACUUGAUGAAAGCAGCCAGUGAAGAUUACAAAACAGAGGAGGAGAAAGACAGAGGAAAGAAAAGACGUAGAGUUAGACACGAUAGAAUGGCAAUAAGUCAGAGCAACAGUAACAGAAUGAGAAUAUAAUGUUACCGAAACCUACAACUGCAUUACGUAGCAAUUUCACUGAAUUUCUAGAUUUGCACUGUCUGCCCAAUGGUCUGUGUUUGUUGUGUUGAAGAAAAACCUUAGAGAAGAUGAUUAAGACGAUGCAGAAGAAGAAGAAGAAGAAGAAGAAGAAGAAGAAGAAGAUGUAUAUUUUGGGGACCAACACAGCGGUGGGGGGUUUGAAUGUAGAGAGGCUUACUACUGUACGUAACAUUACAGGGGGGUGUAGAAUGGAGAAAAAAAACUAUGUGCUAAAAAUGAAACUUCACUUUGAGAAAACA